UGCGCACCACCAGUGUGUCAGUCGACGGCUGCUGCGGCCUGUGAGAGAGAGCGAUCGCUCCGUGACUGCGUGUGUGCGUGCGUGUGCCUCGAAGACAUCGUCGAGAAGUAGGCCGUGAACGAAGAAGUCGAGGACUGUGUUGUAGCAGCACCAAAAAAACCAGAGCGCGGCGGGGUAAUGCGUUACGGGCAUGGGGUGACCGCCGCGACGACCAGGCGUCGGGACGGACUGGUGGUGGUGGCGCGGUAGACGCAAUCAUGUCUGCGGACGGCGGAUCUGCCGAAAUCACAUAAUCAUAAACAAUAGACAGACAGAAGUUUGGUCGUUUUUUGUUAGUUAUCUAUAUAUUUCUUUUGUUUUAUUGUGUCUUCGCACGUAGCAACAAACGACUGCGUAACAGUUGAAUUACAAAAAACAAACGGGAAGGAAAGAAAGGAAAAAAGAGUUACGACGACGGCAAUUGUUCUUAUUGUUGCUGUUGUUGUUAUUAAUGUUUUUCGUUUGUGCUCGCGAGAAGAAGAGGGUGGUGAUAAUUGGAGCAACGAUGUCGUUGCGUUAUUGUUCGUCGCGUUAUAUUAUUAUUAUGUCGCAGCUGCUGCGUUCGGUGCGGAGCAGCGCCGUUUUUUCGCGGUGAAAAUUCGGCGUGAACGGGGUCGGCAAUGGCGUCGGUUGCGGGACCGACCAACGACCCGACCACCGCUCACGGGCACUCGUUUGGCAAAAAAACGUUCCACAAGCCCACCUAUUGCCACCACUGUGGCGACAUGUUGUGGGGUCUCAUCCAGCAGGGCUUCAUUUGCGAAGUGUGCAAUUUCGUGGUACACGACCGAUGUCUAAAAUCUGUGGUGUCACCGUGCUCCAGUAUAGCCGCAGGACUUAUAAAAAAUCCGGUAGCCCACUGUUGGUCCGAACCGUUCCAUCACAAAAGAAAAUUUUGCAACGUUUGCAGAAAAAGAUUAGACGACAGUUUAUCAAUUCAUUGCGAAAUUUGUGAUUAUUUUGUACAUUGUGAGUGCCAAGAUUUUGCUAUAGCUGAAUGUAAGGAGAACGCCACUUAUUUGCCCGGUAAACAGCUUAUAAAUGUGCGACAUGUACACCACUGGCGGGAGGGAAACCUCCCCAAUAAUUCUAAAUGCGCAAUGUGCAAGAAAACUUGCUGGACAACCGAGUGUCUUUUUGGAUUUCGUUGCCAAUGGUGUGGACUCACAUGUCACGCGGCUUGCUUGAGCCACGUAUCGCCGGAAUGUACUUUCGGAAUUUUGGAACCCAUUUACCUUCCUCCGCAUGCAGUUAGCAUUCCAAGAACCGAAGUUCCUAUGGAAGCCAUUAUUGGUGUACAAAUUAGGCGAAAAGAUACUUUGUCUCGUGAGUAUUUUUGCCUCUACAAGAUCGAUCGUAAUAAUCGGAGCGCACUUUCAGCUGUUCUGAAGCACCUUUCAUUUGUUUUGUCUGGCAGCUGUAGAGGCAGUUGUCAACCCUCGCCUCCCCAUUACGUUCGAGCUCGAAGUAUUUCCGAGGAGUUUAGCAGCGGCGAUACGGGGCGAUACAAGGAGGAGGAGUGUCCGCCGUCUAAGGAGAGACCCGAGAAGAUCAGGGCUUCGGAUAGGGACGAUAGGGAAGAAGAAGUAAUAAAGGUUUACGAUGGCAAUACAUCACUCAGGCGUCGCAUAUUUCGGACAAUAGUUGUACCAAGAACGGCAUCGGUCAAACAAAUUCUCACACUAGCGCUAAGGGCUCAUCACAUCACCAAAGACCCAAGCACCUUUUAUUUAUCGGAUCUGUAUUCGCCAGACGAGGCCCGUCUUCAAGAUCCCAAUCCCGUAUACAACUUGCAUCGUAAAGAAGGAAAACGACCCGCAGUAUUCCUUAGAUUUCAGGAUCGCGACAACGACAAGGGUGAAGUUCGCGUGUAUCCCGGUAAGUUGCAGGUAUCCCAGGCAUUCUGCACCGUGCCCGUGGAUUCCAACACUACCGUGGAAAAUAUUAUUAGCGAAGCUAUUCAGCUUUUCAAUUUAAACACUUACAAGCCGGAAGAUUUUCGUUGCAGCGAAAUCUUACUGGAUAGAGGAGUAACGGAAAGGGUACUCUCGUACCACGAGAGACCAUGGGAGAUAGUGAAACAAUUGGGCAGGGACAGCAUCAGGCAGAUGGAACUUAUGCGAUUUUAUUUGCAAUUGAAGGAGGACCCACAUGGGCCUAACGUGGCCCUUUUUGUUGGGAAUUUGCCCCCCAAUCUGAACGAACGUAAUUACGAGAACAUCUUGACGGACUAUUUGGGCAAGGAGAAUAAGUUUUCAAAAAUUGGUCCCAUUUACUACGAAUAUGGUUCGAUGGUAAUCACCUAUGAAGAUGCCGAAAGGGCCGUCCGAGCUUUCUACACCCUGCGCGAAUCCAGAUACGAAGACAAACAUCUUCUCGUGAUGCUUUUGCCAAAUUUGGAACCGUUAAUGAUACCACAGGGUGUCCAGCCGCUCCUGGUGUUCGUCAACGUCAAAUCGGGUGGGCAACAAGGGUUAGAAUUGAUCUCAAGCUUUCGAAAACUGCUUAAUCCCUAUCAGGUGUUCGAUUUGGAUAACGGCGGUCCCCUGCCUGGCCUUUACGUAUUCAGGAACAUCCAAAAUUACAAGAUAUUGGUCUGCGGCGGAGACGGGACCAUAGGGUGGGUGCUUCAAUGUCUAGACAACGUCGGGCAGGAUUCGCAGUGUUCAUCGCCAGCCUGUGCCAUCGUACCACUAGGAACAGGGAAUGAUUUGGCGAGAGUUUUACGUUGGGGUCCGGGUUAUACGGGAGGGGAAGAUCCGUUGAAUCUGUUGAGGGACGUUAUUGAUGCGGAAGAGAUCAGGCUGGACCGUUGGACUGUUGUCUUUCAUCCCGAGGAUAAGGCAGACGAUACCAACAAGCAGGUCAACUCCUCUGGUAAGAAGAGGCAAAAACUGUCCAAACUGAAACUUACCAAUGAGCAAAUUAAAAAAACAGUGGUGGGGGCUUCGGCGAACGAAGAUAACUCUCAAAUAUUCGUAAUGAACAACUAUUUCGGGAUCGGGAUAGACGCCGACUUGUGCUUAGAUUUCCACAAUGCCCGCGAAGAAAAUCCGAACAAAUUUAACAGCCGCUUGCAUAACAAAAGCGUCUACGUAAAGAUGGGACUUCGAAAAAUGGUGGGACCGAAGAUGUGCAAGGACUUGCACAAGGAGGUCCGAUUGGAGGUCGACGGUAAACACGUGGAACUACCCCAGGUCGAGGGUAUCAUCAUUCUAAACAUACUGAGCUGGGGUUCCGGAGCGAACCCUUGGGGUCCCGAGAAGGAAGAUCAAUUUUGUAAACCGAACCAUUGGGAUGGAAUGCUGGAGGUGGUGGGAGUCACGGGGGUGGUUCAUUUGGGUCAGAUACAAUCCGGUUUGAGAUCGGCCAUGCGGAUAGCUCAGGGAGGUCAUAUAAAAAUUCACUUGCAUUCCGAUAUUCCCGUACAAGUGGAUGGAGAACCGUGGGUUCAAAGUCCCUGCGACGUGGUCGUUUUGAAAUCUGCUUUAAAGGCCACCAUGUUAAAGAAGAUGAAGGGCAAAAUGAAACGUCGUAACACAGAACCGACCAUGUUGGUGUCACCAUGUUCGCAUCUGGCGCCUUUGGCUUCCAACGAAAGUGACGUUUCGCCAACCGAUCCGGAAAACACAACAUUUUAAAAAUAAAAAAAAAACGCACGCAACACACGCAUACAACACAAAAUCGUCGUAAUCUCGUCGGUGCUCACCCUCUGCGGGUGGUGCAAUGAUAAUUACGAAAUCAUAACUAGUAUGGUAUUUUACCAAUUUUUUCAUUAUUAGACUUUAUAAUAAUUAUUAUUAUAUACAUAUAGAUGCAUAUUAGAUAAGCUAUUUCCCGCCAAGAUGAAGAAAAACGUAACACUACUAUAUAAAUAUAUUACAUAAAAUAAAAUAAAAAUAAUAAUUAAAUAUCUACGAUUGCGUUGCCAAUAUUAAAUGAUAAUAAUUAAGUAAUAAUAAUAAUAAUUAUGAUAAGGAUGAAAACACGGAUUUGACCCAUUGACCGAUCAGUACUCUGCAAACGACCUCCGGACUCAAAAGUAGCGUUGGGAUUCCGAUCGAGACGACUGAGUGAUAAUUAUCGAUUUUUCGAUUGAUUGGUAAACGAAAAAAAAAUUACACGGGCAUGAAAAGUUUCGGCUGUAUGGUAAAAGACGUAGGAAAAGUUCGGAAAAAUUUCCAGGAAUGAUCGGUCACCUUACUUCGCGUAAUGAUAGAAAUGGUAUCCCCGAACUGUCCGCCAACCCUCGCCGGUGGCGGAAAAUGGUAAUUACUACGGAAUGUUAGGGCUUGCUAUCCAGAAAGCGACCGCUAACAUGUUGCAAAUCGGCUGGGAUGCAAAGGGCUCAGUUUCCCACAGGCAGUCGUCUGGAACGUAUCCUGCGGGAAAAACUGUAUGCCAGCCGAUUUACACGCGGAUUCGACACCCCAAUUUACCCCCCCCCCAAAACAGUUAGCAGCUAAUUAAUAUCUUAUUACAAACAAACAAACAUCAAAGAAAAAACAAA